GUGCCGUGCCGUGCCGUGCCGUGCCGUGCCGUGCCGUGCCAUGGCCCAGCAGCAGAUGAGCAGCUCGCAGAAGGCGCUGAUGUUGGAGCUGAAGUCGCUGCAGGAGGAGCCAGUGGAGGGCUUCCGUAUCACCCUGGUCGACGAGUCUGAUCUCUACAACUGGGAGGUGGCAAUCUUCGGGCCCCCCAACACCCUCUACGAGGGUGGUUACUUCAAGGCUCACAUUAAGUUUCCUAUUGACUAUCCAUAUUCACCACCUACCUUCAGAUUCCUGACUAAAAUGUGGCACCCCAACAUUUAUGAGAAUGGAGAUGUAUGUAUUUCAAUUCUUCACCCACCUGUAGAUGAUCCACAAAGUGGAGAGUUGCCAUCUGAGAGGUGGAACCCUACUCAAAAUGUCAGGACUAUCUUACUGAGUGUAAUCUCUUUGCUUAAUGAGCCAAACACAUUCUCUCCUGCCAAUGUGGAUGCAUCAGUGAUGUUCAGGAAAUGGAGGGACAGUAAAGGAAAAGACAAGGAGUAUGCUGAAAUCAUAAGGAAACAGGUUUUGGCUACAAAAGCUGAGGCAGAGAAGGAUGAUGUGAAGGUCCCCACUACCCUGGCAGAGUACUGCAUCAAAACUAAAGUGCCUUCCAAUGACAACAGUUCAGAUUUACUUUAUGACGACUUGUAUGAUGACGACAUUGAUGAUGAAGAUGAGGAGGAGGAGGAUGCCGACUGUUACGAUGAUGAUGAUUCUGGCAAUGAAGAAUCGUGACCUGCUCCCUCUGCCCCUAUAUUGCCCUGCCAACUCAGGCCAGAAGGGAGCAGCAGUAACCUAGCAGCAGUCCAGCAAAAACAUGUGUUGGGGAUCAAAAAGCCCCAUAUCUCCUGCUGUCUUCUGUUUUAUGGAUCUGUUUGCUCCUUUUUUAUG